UUCUGACCUCACAGCUCUCGCUCUCAUCGUCAUGCGAUUCACCAGGAAGGAACUCAAGAGGCCCGUCAAGUGUCCCAUUCCCAUAGCAGUGCUGGUGGUGAUAGUGUCCUGCUACCUGGUCCUAGCACCGAUCAUAGACAAGCCAGAGCUGGAGUAUCUGUACUGUACCAUCUUCAUCCUCAGCGGUCUGCUGCUCUACUUCCCCUUCGUUCACCGCAGGUUCAGCUGGACACGCAGGGUCAUGAGGCCAAUCACCAUGCACCUCCAGCUGCUGAUGGAGGGUCGUUCCUCCUGAGAAAACGAAUAGAGGAAGAUAAUAAAC